UCAGAGUCUCUGGAUGUGUUAUCGGAGCUCCGCAGAGAGAGCGUAGUACCGGUGGAUGUGUGAGAGUUUCCCCGGGCUGCGGUGACUCUCAGGCGGCCCCGCGGUGAAUGGGACUCCGCCGGUCGGUCCGCAUCUGCUGGAGGAAACAUGCGGAGCUGCCCGGUCCUCCCGGUUUUCCCGGUUCUCCCGGUGCUGCUGCUGCUGCUGAGGCUCUGCAGCGGCACAAGUUUCCCAAGUAACAUCCACAUAGGAGGUCUCUUCCCCUCGGCCUCCCAUGAGUACGAGGUGUUUCGCUUCGCCCUCGCUCAGCAGCAGGACAUCCCUAAGCUGGUCCCUCAGGUGGACAUGGUGGACACCGGCAGCAGCUUCGCCAUGACCUACGCCUUCUGCUCCCAGUUCUCUAAAGGAGUGUACGCCAUCAUGGGUCUGUACGACCGGCGGACGGUGAACAUGCUGAUGUCGUUCUGCGGCUCUCUGCACGUGUGCUUCGUCACGCCCUCCUUCCCCGUCACCACCAACAACCAGUUCGUCCUCCAGCUGAGGCCCCCGCUGCAGGAGCCCAUCAUGGCCCUGCUGGAGGCCUUCGGCUGGAGCCGCUUCGUCUACAUGUACAGCCCCGACUCAGGUCUGUCGGUGCUGCAGAGGAUCUUGGACACGGCGGCGGAGAAGGUCUGGCAGGUCACCUCCAUAAACCUGGACUCUCUGACUGAAGCCGGGUUCAUCAAGCUGCUCACAGACCUCGACAUCAAGAAGGAGUUUCAGAUCAUCAUCGACUGCGAGCUGGAGAGACUCAACUCCAUCCUCAACCUGAUUGCUGCUCAGAAGAGAAACUUGAAGAUGUACCACUACGUCUUCAACAAUCUGGGCUUCUUGGACCUGAACAUGACAGAGUUCCAGAAGCUCGGUGGCAACGUGACGGGCUUCCAGCUGGUGAACCGGUCCGAUCCGACCUUUGAGAAGAUCGACAGAGACUGGCUGGAGUUCGACAACAAAGACCUGAAACUGCCCCGCAGGAAACUCAGGUACACCGGGGCUCUGACCUAUGACGGCGUCACCGUCAUGGCCACCGCCUUCCAGAACCUGCGGAGGCAGCGCAUCGACAUCUCGCGCCGCGGGAACGCCGGAGAGUGUCUCGCCAACCCCCCCGCCCCCUGGGGACAGGGCAUCGACAUCCAGAGGGCCCUGCAGCAGGUGCGUCUGGAGGGUCUGACGGGCCGUGUGCAGUUCGAUGAGCGGGGGCAGCGCACCAACUUCUCUCUGAGGGUGAUGGAGCUCGGCCUGGACACGCCCCGACAGAUCGGCUACUGGAGCGAGCGCAGAGGCUACGUGAACACGGCCAUCUACAAACCGGUUCAGGAGGAGUUCCACGGCCUGCAGAACCGCACCUACGUGGUCACCACCAUCCUGGAAGCCCCCUACAUGAUGCUGAAGAAGAACCACGAGCAGUACGAAGGGAACGAGCGCUACGAGGGUUACUGCGCAGAACUGGCCGCUGAGAUCGCCAAACAUGUGGGCUUCGUUUACCGCCUGGAGCUGGUGGGGGACGGAAAGUACGGAUCCAGAGACGGAGAUACCAAGAUGUGGAACGGCAUGGUGGGAGAGCUGGUGUACGGGAAGGCAGAUGUGGCGGUGGCCCCCCUCACCAUCACCCUGGUGAGGGAGCAGGUGAUCGACUUCACGAAGCCCUUCAUGUCUCUGGGUAUCUCCAUCAUGAUCAAGAAACCCACCAAGUCCAAACCGGGGGUGUUCUCCUUCCUCGACCCGCUGGCCUACGAGAUCUGGAUGUGCAUCGUGUUCGCCUACAUCGGAGUCAGCGUGGUGCUCUUCCUGGUGAGUCGAUUCAGUCCGUAUGAGUGGAAAGGUGAAGACUCUGACGAUGAAGAUGAAACUCUACCCUCCUCUUCAUCACGACGAGCGCUGCCCACCUCCUCCUCUGAGCUCACUCACUCUCCAGGGUUCUCCCAGUCUCAGAACCAGAGCCAUCAGAAGGAGAAGGAGAAGGAUUCUCCUGAAUACACCAACGACUUUGGGAUCUUUAACUCUCUGUGGUUCUCUCUGGGCGCCUUCAUGCAGCAGGGCUGCGACAUCUCCCCCAGGUCUCUGUCCGGUCGCAUCGUGGGGGGGGUGUGGUGGUUCUUCACCCUCAUCAUCAUCUCCUCUUACACCGCUAACCUGGCUGCCUUCCUCACGGUGGAGAGGAUGGUUUCGCCCAUCGAGGGCUCCGAGGACCUGGCCAAGCAGACAGAGAUCGCCUACGGGACGCUGGACGGCGGCUCCACCAAAGAGUUCUUCAGGCGGUCAAAGAUCGCCGUCUUCGAGAAGAUGUGGUCGUACAUGCGCAGCACGGACCCCACAGUGUUCGUGAAGAACACCAACGAGGGCGUGAGCCGCGUCCGCAAGUCGAAGGGGAAAUACGCCUACCUGCUGGAGUCGUCCAUGAACGAGUACAUCGAGCAGAGGAAGCCCUGUGACACCAUGAAGGUCGGAGGAAACCUGGACUCCAAAGGCUACGGGGUGGCCACGCCCAAAGGAUCCGCCCUCAGAAUCCCAGUAAACCUAGCAGUACUGAAGCUCAAUGAACAAGCCAUCUUAGACAAGUUGAAAAACAAAUGGUGGUAUGACAAAGGGGAGUGUGGACACAAGGACUCCGGCAGAAAGGACAAGACGAGCGCGCUCAGUCUGAGCAACGUGGCCGGCGUGUUCUACAUCCUGAUUGGAGGACUGGGCCUCGCCAUGCUGGUGGCGCUGGUCGAGUUCUGCUACAAGUCCCGCAUCGAGUCCCGCCGGAUGAAGGAACUCAUCGAUGCCGCCUUGAGCUCCAACCUCGGGGGAGGAGGAGGAGGGGGAGGGGGAGGGGGAGGGGCUUAUGGGGGAGGAAGAGGGGGAGGAGCUUAUGGGGGAGGGAGAGGGGGCGGAGCCUCCGGAGAGAACGGACGCGUUGUGACGCAUGAUUUCCCAAAGUCCGGCGCUCAGGGUGUGCCCUGCAUGGGGAAAGCUGCCGGCAUGGGACUGGCCUCCACCGGCAUGUGACCCUAACGGAGGCUCCUGAUUGGACGAGACGCUCCUGCCUGUCUGCCUGUGGGUGAGGAAAAACAGGGUAGUAAAGGUUAGAUUAGGGUUCGCUAAAAACCUGGUGUUUCCCCCAAAGCUUUACGUCCCGCAACACACUGAGUCAUUUAGUUUAAAGAAAGUUAAAUGUAUCUUUUAUUUACACUUUACAACCUCUUCCACUUUGACUUUGACACUCGUUUACUCGAGUAAAAGUCAGAGCAUUAUCUGAGUCAAAGAAAAAAGCAAAUAUUUUAAUUUUUAGUCGAAAUAAACUUAUUUUUUUAAUGAGAUUAUAUUGAAUAUUUCCGUCAAUCCUGUUAAAUCUUUUUUUUUUAU